UAAAUUUAAUGUCUGAACAAAACGGUGCGUGUGCGACUAUCUUCUUCCUCCGUCUAAUAAUGUUCAAGCUCAGUCCUCGUGAAGCUGGCAACUCGGCGGGCGCCAAGUUAUUGGCAGCUUAGACAAUCCUUAAGCCUGCCAAAAGCUAAAACCCAUCUCUAACUUUUCUUCUCCAAAGCAGAAGUUCAGUAUUCAAAUUAUCAACUUUAAGGAGAUUUGCACCCUCAUGCGCCCAUUCAAUACCCAUCACCAAUGUCUCGCACUCAGUUCGGAUAUUUGGUUCCACUAAACGAGAAUUUAGAGGAAGACCUUUCAUCGCAAAAGCUGCCUCUCGUACACGGCCUCAACACUAUCGGCCGGAGCAACAUUCCCCUUCCCGACAAGCGCCUGAGCCGCAAGCACCUCACUUUGACCGCCGGCUCCAAUGGGUCCGCCAAUUUGCUCGUGGAAGGCACGAAUCCGGUUGUUGUUAAAUCUGGCGAUCAAAGGAAGAAGAUUUCUUCUCGAGAGGAAGCGACGGUUGCUGAUGGCGAUAUCAUAGAGUUGAUUCCUGGCCACCAUUUUUUCAAACUGGUGACGUUGGUUCGCCAUUGUGAUGCAUCUUCUCAGGGAAAACAGAAGCGAAGUGGUAAAAGUGAUGACAACAAUGGGAUUAGAGGAGGUGAAGAAACAAACAGGAAGAAAGCAAGACAGGCUGAGUUAGGCAAUGGAGACAAUUUUGGAGAUUGUGUGGAGGCAAUUCGUAAUUUUCAAGUCUCUGGUGAUAAACUUCCAUUGACGUUUCGGCUAAUGAAAGUUAAAGGAUUGCCAGGGUGGGCAAACACUUCUUGUGUUUCCAUAAGCGAUGUGAUUCAGGGAGAUGUUCUCGCUGUCCUUUCAAAUUACAUGGUAGACAUGGAUUGGUUGAUGUCUGCAUGUCCAAAAUUGGCUAAAAUACCCAAUAUGUUGGUUAUUCAUGGGGAAGGUGACGGUACACUGGAUCAUAUGAAGAGAACAAAGCCUUUGAAUUGGAUUCUACACAAGCCCCCGUUACCUAUUUCAUUUGGAACACAUCAUUCAAAGGCAAUGCUUCUUGUUUAUCCUCGAGGGAUAAGAGUUAUAGUUCAUACUGCAAACUUAAUCUAUGUCGACUGGAACAACAAAAGUCAAGGUCUAUGGAUGCAAGAUUUCCCCUGGAAGAAUCAAAAUAAUUCAAGCAAAGGAUGUGGAUUUGAAAAUGACUUGAUUGAUUAUCUCAGUGCAUUGAAGUGGCCUGAAUUCACUGCUAGUUUACCAGGUCUCGGCAACUUCCAAAUCAAUCCUUCUUUCUUCAAGAACUUUGAUUACAGCAGUGCUGCGGUCCGAAUAGUUGCAUCUGUCCCUGGAUAUCAUAAGGGUCCUAACUUGAAAAAAUGGGGGCAUAUGAAGCUACGCACUAUCCUCCAGGAAUGUAUUUUUGAAAAGGAGUUUCAGAAUUCUCCAAUAGUUUAUCAAGUAUGUCGACUCCUAGUUCUUUUAUCUAAUUGUCCUGCUGUAGUUGGGGAUGGAUGCUCGUCUUUAUUGCUUGUUUGGAACCAGUUGCAAAAUCAGUUAAUUUGUUGUUUAAUAAACUUUUCUCCUGGAUUUUGGAGGUGGAUGCUAGUGCUUAUAGCUCUUUUGAAUCGCGCAAUGCCUCAUAUAAAGACAUUCACUCGUUAUAGCGGUCAAAAACUGGCUUGGUUCUUGCUAACUUCAGCAAAUCUCAGCAAAGCUGCAUGGGGUGCUCUUCAAAAGAAUAAUUCUCAGUUGAUGAUUCGUUCUUAUGAGUUGGGGGUGCUAUUCUUACCCUCUGUCGGAACACAAGGUUGUUUGUUUUCUUGUACAAGUGAUGACGUUCCGUUAGAGGUUAAACACCAAGACGGAAAAGAUUGUGAAGUAAAGACUAAAAAACUAGUUACCCUAUCUUGGAAAGGAAGCGAGGAUUCAUCAUCAAAAGUAAUUCGCCUCCCUGUGCCGUAUGAACUCCCACCUAAACCCUACUCGGCCGAAGAUGUACCUUGGUGUUGGGACCGGAGAUACGCCAAAAAGGAUGUCGAGGGUCAAGUUUGGCCAAGACAGUCUUUAUCAUCUAUUGCGGCUGCAAGCAAUUUUAUGAAAGCAGCUAAAAUUGUUAUCACUUUUAUCAUCCAAGAUUUCAUGGCAGAACUCGACAUUCAAAUUCCUAUUGCCUUUGGAAGAUCCAUUCGCUGAGGCAAAUACUGAGAACUCAAGUGCCAGAGCAAAGGAAUACGUACACGUAGACAUACAGCAAAGGAAUGGUAGAAAAAGUCUGACCAGUGUACAGGGUUUGAAGAAGGAAUUUAGUUACAGCAAGAUACUCAAGGACUUCAAGAAGUAGUUUUGCUGCAAUGGUACUGUUGUUCAAGACUCAGAAUUAGGCCAGGUUAUUCAACUACAAGGUGAUCGGAGGAAGAAUGCUUCAAACUUCCUUGUUCAGGUAAUUGAAUUGAUAUGAUGUCUGUCUGGUAUGUGUGUUGCAAAAGUAGAAAUCUUGUAUUGUUGCUAGUUUCUGGUUCUUUUUAACUCACUGCAGGCUGCCGUUGUGAAGAAGGAACACAUUAAAAUCCAUGGUUUCUGAGCUGCAAUGAUGGGAGAAAGCAUACUCACAUGAUUGCUACUUCUUCUUGAACCAUUUAGUUGUGCCUUCUAAUAUUAUACUUUGUUUCUUUGACAUGUUAAAAAACUAUGAAUCACUGGAAUGUAUUCACCUCUAUCAAUUGUAUAAUUAUAUGAAGAAUGUCAUGCAUAUAUUGUUAGCUGUUAAACUUUGACGAAUUUCAAAGUUUUAAAAAUUAUGAUCUCUUGUUCUGGGCUUAAACGGCCAAGGAUUGUGAGCAAUAGUUUUUGUGUGAAACCCGUAGACUGUAAGCACUUCCCUACUUGGUAAUAAUCAAUAGAUAUAUACAGAUA